ACAAUGUGUUAGCUAACCUUAUUGUGGUACAAGUACACAUCUAUCAAGUGUAUCAAGUACACAUCUGUGAAGUGUAUCAAGUCAUCACGUGUGUAUCUUAAACUUACGCAGUGAUAUGUAUCAUUUACGUGUCAAUAAAGCUGGGAGGAAUAAGGUCCCUGUGAUUGGAGCAGAGUGAGAAGUAUAUACUAGCGGGAGAUGAGGUCAGAGAGAAGAAUGAGAGCCAAGAGGUGGAUGCCCUGUAGACCAUGAAAAAAUUUUUGGCUAUUACAUUGAGAGAAAUGAGAAACGAUUGGAGAGUUUGAGCAGGUCAAGAGACAUGAUUUGGGCCACUGGCUGCUCUGUUGACCAUAGACUGUAGGGGCUAGAGUAGAAGCAGGGAGACAUUGUAGUCAUUGCGACAAGGUGAUAGCAGUGGCAGGGGUAAAAAGAGGAGGGAUUUUGGUUUUAGAAAGGAAGUAGCAUUUACUAACGGAUUGGAUAUGAGAUGGGAGAGAAGGAUGUUGGGUGAUUUGAGGUUUUUUGGUCUGAUUUGAAGUUUCCAUCAACCACGAUGGAGAAGGCUGUGGAAAAGGCAAGUUGGGAAGGGAAGUUAAGAUGCCCAUUAAUCUUCUAAGCAGAGAUGUGGAUCGAGCAGUUGGGUAAAUGAGCCUGGAAUCUACAGGAGAGGUCUGGGCUGGAAAAAUCAGAGUAUAGUUGAUAGUUUUUUAAAGUAAUUGUUUUUUUGGGGGGGGCACUUGGCUGGCUCAGUCAGUGGAGCGUGUGACUCUUGAUCUCGGGGUUGUGAGUUCGAGCUCCAUGUUGUAGAGAUUACUUGGGGAAAAAAAAGUAAUAGUUUUAUUGAAAUACUAUUUAUAUACCAUACAAUUCACUUGUUUAAUGUGUACAAUUCAAUGGUUUUAGUAUAUUUGCGGUGUUGUUCAGCCAUCGGUAUGAUUUUAUAACAUUUCCAUAGAUGGGGUGCCUGGGUGGCUCAUUUGGUUAAGCUUCUGCCUUCAGCUCAGGUCUUGAUCGAGCCCCACAUGGGGCUCCCUGCUUAGCGGGGAGCCUGCUUCUCCCUCUCCCUCUGCCCCUCCCCCUACUUGUGCGUGCUCUCUCUCUGUCAAAUAAAUAAAUAAAAUCUUCAAAAAAAUUUUUUUCCAUAGAUGGCUUUUAAAGCCAUGGGGCUGGAUAAGAGAGGAGUCCGAGGACCUUGCCCUGCAGCACUCUCUGUGCAGAGGUUCAGGAGAUGAGUGGGGCCAAGUGUAGAGGGCGUUUCAAGGAGGAGGAAGGCAGCGCGAGCCCCAGGCUCUGAUAGGCCGAGUAAGAGGAGGACUGAGAUCUGAUCACUGGAUUUAGCAACAUGGAAGUGACCUGGACAGGAGCAUUUCUGGUGGCAUGGUGGUUGCGAGGGCCAGAUCAGAGAGGGUUUAAGAGAGAAUGGGAGAAGAGUAACUGGAGGCAGCAGGUGCUGACAGUCCGUCAAGGAGUUUGGCUGAGAAGUGGGGCUGGAGGGAUGUCUGAUCAAUUAGUGAGCAGCGUCAGGUGGGGAGAGCACAUGGGACCUGGGGCACAGCUUGGUCUCCCUAGACCAUGAAUUCUUCAUCCUGAAGAGCAAGAGAGAAGGUAGGAACUGGACAGGCACUGGCAGGUGGGAAGGUAUAGUAGGGGUUUAGAGAAGUUGUCCUCCAAGUUUUAAAUAUUUUCUUUGUGAAAAAUGAAACAAGCCAUCAGCUGCGAGUGAGGAAGAGGUAUAGGUGAUGGAAGUUCGUGGGAUGGGCAUUUGGUGGGAGACAGUCAUCUGGAUAGAAUGAAUGGGAGAAUGGAUUUGGAGGGGCAAGGUUCUGAAUGUGGCCCUCAAGGACCUCCUUAAUGUGGCCUCUGUCUACCUCUUCAGCCUUUCCUCUGCCCACUCUCCUUCGCUCUGCUGUCUUCCAGCUUCACUGGCAGCCUUUCAGGUUUUAGAUGACCCCACGUGCAUCUCCACUUUGCCCCCUCUGCCAGGAACACCUUCCCUGUGCUGAGUUUGGGCCUGUGAGAUGUUUGAGUGGGGAGGGCCUUCGAGUCAGGCUGGAGUGGGGGCUGGGUGGGCGAGAGGAGGGACUGGAAUAGAGGAACAACUUGAGUCAUUUCCUCGCACAGCAAAGUCUCUGCUGUCACCAAACUUAUGUUCUAGUGAGGGGCCUGGCAACAUGUAAAGGAGGCAAAUACGUGUCUGAUGGAGACGAAUAAAGCAGGUGGCCCAGGAGGGAAUGGUCAGGGAAGGCCUUGCCGUGAGGUGAUGUAUGCGCCAAGAGCUAGAAGUCAGGGUGAACCGCCUGGAGCUGCUCAGGAAACAGCAGGGUUGGGCUUCGCAUGUUUGGGUGCCUGUAGCGGAGGACAGGGGCAGAGAGGAGGAAGGGGAUGACAGUUGAGAGGCCCGGGGCUCGUUGGCCACUGGUGGGACUGGUGUGUUCAUGGCAAGUGAGAUGGGAGCUGUCAGGGAGCCGGGGAGUGUUGAACCAAGGGAUGUGAAAUGAUGAGUUAAUAGAGCCUCAGGUUGUGAAGAGCAGCUCUGAGCCGCAGGGGGGAAGCCAGGAUGGCGCAGGAGGAUGUGGCUGUCGUCGCUGCCAGGGAUGGGUGACCCUCCUGGCUUCCAGGAGAGGUCGGCUGGUAGAGGAGGAGCCGGGAAAGGAGGUUGAAAAGGUUGGAGGAAGCCGAGAGGGGGUAGUGACUUCGAAAAGACGGGGUGUUGAAAGCUGCAGAGAUUUGGAGAAGAAACGUGAGAAGCGCCUGCUGAAUCUGGCAAGGUGGAAGUUUUGUGGAGCCCCCAGGGGAGCAGCCUUGUGGUGGAGUGGGAUCAGGAUAGAAUGGGGGCUGAGGAGGUCAUGACAGCCAAGGCGGACACCUUUCUGGUAACGAGAAGUGGGUGUCGUCGUGGCCCAAGCAUCAAAGCAAGGCUGAAAAGGGAAAGAUUAAAGAAAUCUAACCUGUAUAGCGCGACUGAGGUUGGAGAGGCUGGAGAAAGCUUACAGAAGAUCUCCCGAUGACAGGGCGCGGCACUGCCUUUACCAUGCAGCACAUCAUGGGUGUGCCCCGAGCGCUGGUGCGAAGAGGCCUCCUGGGAAGGGACCUCUUUAUGACCAGGACUCUCUGCAGCCCAGGCCCUAGUCAGCCCAGAGAGAAAAGACCUGAAGAGGUGGCCCCGGGGCUGUUCCACCGCCUCACAGCUCUGGGAAGAGCCCUGGGGCACGACAUUCGGCAGCGAGCGUCCUCCACGGCCACGACCUGGUGGGACAGAUAUGAAGAGUUUGUCGGACUCAAUGAGGUUCGAGAGGCGCAGGGAAACGUGACUGAGGCAGAGAAAGUGUUCAUGGUGGCCCGAGGGCUUGUUCGAGAGGCUCAGGAGGGCUUGGAAGGUCACCAGGCCAAGCUGAAGGAGGUGAGGGACCGCUUGGACCGUGUCUCCAGAGAGGAUAACCAGUACCUGGAACUAGCCACGCUGGAGCACCGGCUGCUGCAGGAGGAGAAGAGGCUUCGUGCAACCUAUCUACGUGCUGAAGACUCGGAGCGAGAGAAGUUCUCCCUCUUCUCCGCGGCCGUGCGGGAAAGUCACGAGAAGGAGCGCGCUCGAGCUGAGAGGACCAAGAACUGGUCGCUCAUUGGGUCAGUCCUGGGGGCCCUGAUUGGCGUGGCUGGCUCCACCUAUGUGAACCGUGUGCGGCUACAGGAGCUGAAGGCUUUGCUCUUAGAGGCACAGAAGGGGCCCGUGAGCCUCCAGGAGGCCAUCCGAGAACAGGCAUCUAGCUACUCCCUCCAGCAAAAGGACCUCCAUGACCUCAUGGCGGACCUAAGGGGCCUGGUACAAGCUGGGCCUGGGCAGAGCUCUGGGGCCCAGGCAGGUACUUUCCCCACCCAAAACAGAGACACAGAUGUCCUUUCAGCUGCCUUGAAAGAGCAGCUCCUCCAUUCCAGGCAGGUCCAUUCCUGUCUAGAGGGUUUACGAGAGCGGCUUGAUGGCUUGGAAAAGACUUUGAGCCAAGCGGCUGAGGUGCUUGAGCUUGCAAAGGCUGCCGUGCAUCCGGGCCUGGUGGAGCCAGCAGAUGGGGCUCUGCGUGGCUCCUUGCUGGAGCAGGGGAGCAUGGUCGUGGCACUGUCGGACAUGGAGCAGAGGCUGGAAGCCCAGGUCAACAGGAACACCAUCUACAGCACGCUGGUCACCUCUGUGACAUUCGUGGCCACGCUGCCUGUGCUCUACAUGCUGUUCAGGGCCAGCUAGCCCUUGGACCCUCCUCCAGAGGCCCUGAGGGGAUAGGCGUGGCUAUGGAUUUAGUUAGAGAAGCCCAACAAUGAAGUGAGCCUUCGGGGUGCACGCAACCUCCAGCUGAGGCUGAGCACCGUCUGGUCUGCGUGGCUCACCAACAGGCAUACUUUGCUUUUUAGAAAGUGCUCACUUAUAUUAAUUAUCAAAGCCAUAUUAAUUAUCAAAGCCCUGCGCUAAUGUCCAAUUAAAAUGUCUUUGGGUUUGUGUUACUUAAA